AAAGCAACAGUAUUAAGUUAAACCAAUUGGGUGUGAAUGUGAUCUGAAGAAGUAUAAUCAUUCGUGAUACAACAUAAAGUGACUGGUAUUGUAAACCGUUCAUUAGUGAUUCAUAUAAUUGGAAAAAAGUGAAUCAAAAUGCAGGGAUUCCGCAACUACGCUAUGGAUGCAAUUCAACACCGUGAACAGUCGAUAUCUGUGGAUUUACUCAAUGCACAUCAAUACAAUUCUAAAUCUUCGCCACCACUAUCACCACUAAGUGACUGUAACAGCCCACCAUCAGAGCACAAUCAACAACAGGCACCACUGGACCCAUCUGUUCGCCGGUACCGAACCGCUUUCACUAGAGAUCAGCUUGCCCGACUUGAGAAGGAGUUCUACAAAGAAAAUUACGUCUCUCGACCACGGCGAUGUGAACUAGCCGCUCAGUUAAACCUUCCGGAGUCUACCAUUAAGGUUUGGUUCCAGAACCGUCGCAUGAAAGAUAAACGUCAACGCAUUGCCGUUGCCUGGCCAUACGCUGCAGUAUAUUCUGAUCCCGCGUUCGCUGCAUCGAUCCUGCAAGCGGCGGCAAAUUCCGUCGGAAUGCCAUACGGAUAUCCACCAGCUCCCAUGCUGCCCCAGAUGCCAGUUAUACCACCUCAAAUGCCGACGGCUACCACUAGUCAUUUUUCUUAUGGCUACCGGUAUGCUCCCUAUCCGAUUCCACAAAGAAACACGUCGCUGCAAACCCCACCGUAUCCAACGACCGCCGCUGCAAUGCUUAGUACUAUGCCUCAAGGAUACACACCGCUAUCCAUUCCAAAGCCGCACACUCCCCCGCAUGAUCUUCAAAGUCCAUCAUCGCCGCAUUCAGCACUUUCGCUCAGUCCUGUUUCAGAUAAAUCGAAACUGGAUAUUUCUUCAUCAACUUCCAACAGCACAACUAGUCCGCUAAAGUCACUGAAUGGAUCCGCACAAGGUUUGCUCAUUACAGCUACAUUGACACCGAGCCAAACGAUUCUGACGCCCUCACCGGAGAAACCAAAACUUUUCAAACCAUACAAAUCGGAAUUGUAAUCAAUGCUGUUAGCUCUCACGGCCCUUUGUUCCCUUAGUUAUAUCAAAUGAUUCGAUAUUAUUUGACAUGCGCAGUACCUUGUUAGAUUCUCCCAUUAAUGGCGGAGAUGGUGCCAUUUAUAUUUAUUAGGAAUAUCACGUUAGACAUAUUUGGUUUUCUGUCUUUUUAUUACGAAAGUAUUUGAAUCCUCGAUAAAAAUCAACACUUUAGGAGAACUGAACAU